AUUGUACGAGUUGCAGCCUCUGUGCGCAGCUGUAAACGAUGUACUUUUAUCUGGUCAUCAACGCUCUUGCAAUCUUAACAAGUUUGGGUUGCGUGAAAACUAAAGUGCCUCUUCAUGUGGGAGGAAUACUGGGCUCUACUGGUGAUAGUUGGUCGAAGUACGCGAACUUUUAUAAUAUACUCUUUAAAGUGGCGUUUGACGAGAUUAACAAGACAGACAUUUUACCAAACCACGAACUAAUAUUUGUGUCGAAGAACUCUGAGGCGAAUCCUGGAUUGGCAGCAAAACGUUUAUUUGAACAUGUAAAUGAGCAGCCUGAGAAAAUUGCCAUCCUAGGACCUCCGAAAUCGAAUCCAUACCAAAUUGUAGGACAAAUAACACCCAAAUUCAAUCUUGUUCAGAUGUCAUUUCUGGCAAAGACAUCCAAAAUCAAGGAUAGGAGUUUGUAUUCCUCAACAUUUAUGACAAACUACAUCGAGGAUGACCUUAACCCAGCUCGACUUGCCAUGAUUAAUCACUUCAAAUGGACGAAAGUUGCAACUCUUUUUUACAACGAGGAUAUCUUUGUGUCGCAAAUGGACGAGUUCCAUAAACUAUUAGGCGAUAAUAACGUGACUUUAGUGACGUCAGGUCUCAUAACGGAUGUGGAAGAUGGAUUAGAUUUAGUCAUAAGGAGACUAAAACAUUUUGAAGCUAGAAUUAUAAUCGGAGCCUUCAGAUCCACAAAAGCACCACAUAUUUUCUGUGAGGUCUACAAACAGAAGCUGUUUGGUAAGAAGUAUGUCUGGAUACUGACUGACUCACUCUAUGCUUCCUGGAUAAGCAAACUCAAAGAGGGAGAAACGAGCUGCUCUGUGGAGAACAUUAAAACGGCUGCACAUGGUCAUUUUACUUUGGGACAAAAACAACUGAGGACCGACCAAGUCGUCACCAUAUCUGGUCGAACAGCAAAGGAGUACAAUACGUGGAUAAAGAAUAUCUCCACCCAGUACGACUCCAACACAAUGCGACUGUCUAUGUACAGUCCGUGGGCGUAUGAUGCUGCCUGGGCUUUGGCUAUUGGAUUGAACAACAGCAUGAAGUACAUGGGAAGUAACUCCUUGGAAGACUUUUCUUACAACCGCUCAGAUAUUUACGAUUCCAUUCAGCGGGGGAUGAACGAAGUACUUUUCCAAGGCGUAUCGGGUGCAGUUUCGUUCAACAAUGGUAGACGAGUUGGCCCAGCAUUCAUACAAAUAAAUUACGGAAAUGACAGACGCGAUGUUGCUAUGUAUGAGCCUUUAAAUGACUCAAUCGACUGGUGGGAAAGUCCAAACUCUCUUUUUCAUGGUGGCGUUGUACCAAGAGACAGUUUUCAGUACAUCAGAAGACGGUAUAAACAAUCGUACACGGUACUCUCCAUAGUAGCCUUGCUGAUUACAGUGGGUGUAACUGUAGCUCUAGGGUUCCUCUGGUUCAACGUCUACUACAGGAACAAUAGGAACAUAAAGAUGUCAAGUCCUCGAAUGAACAACACAAUUAUAGGCGGCGGGUUACUGAUCUACAUAGCUGUCAUCUUCAUGUCUGUGGAUUAUUCAGAAUCGUUGCCGUACCUGAAUCAACAUAUCUGCAUGCUAAAUGUUUGGAUCGUCUCCAUUGGUUUUACACUUGGAUUUGGAGCCCUGUUUUCCAAAACUUUCAGAGUGCACAUUCUGUUUACUCAGGGUUCUGUGAAGAAGCAGACUAUAAAAGACGCCCAUCUGUUCGGUCUCCUUGGAGUCCUGGUGCUACUCGACAUCAUCUUUCUUACAUUAUGGACUAUUUUUCAUCCACUGCAUCUACUAGAGAGAAGUGUGUCUGUCGAGCUUGAAGAUUCGGACACAGUACUUAUUGAAACUUACCAUGUGUGUUAUAAUGAGUACCAGUCUUACUGGUUGUCCGCCCAGUACAUCAGCAAAGGUGGUUUGCUGGCCCUGGGCACCUUCCUGGCCUGGGAAACCCGGCACAUUAAAGUGCCCUCUCUAAAUGAUUCCAAAUACAUCGGCUUCUGCGUCUACAACAUCAUCAUCGUGUGCGCCUUGUGUGUGCCUGUGACGUUUGUUUUACCCCCUGAAAAACCGACGACAAAAUUCGUCUUCACGUCGGUUGUGUGUAUUUUUACGACAACAUUAGUGCUGUGCAUCCUUUUCGUUCCAAAGGUAAAGCUGAGAAAGUCUACAGAUCCGAUCAGAUUUAAUACAAGCAUGCCAAAGCCCAACAACCUGUAUAAAAACUCCGAGUCAAAGAUGGGGGAUAAGGAAACCAAGACGACAAACAUAUCUGCCGUGGAAGACUUCAGAUCCGAUUUCAAAGAGAAGAAUUUUGAGAAAAACGUUUUCAAUGUGCAGAACAAUCCUGACCUUAAGAUUAUUGCUGUGGAGUCGGAGAAAUUUACAACCUCUUCAGUUUCCGAAAUAGCGGAACUCAAAAUGGACACGACUGAUAAUAGUGACCUUAACUGCACAUCUGUGUGAUCGAUAUGUUUACAUUAUUUUAAACACAAAAUACUUUAUACAUUUCCCAGUCUGAAAAUCUCCUCAAGGAUCUCACAGGUUGAAAACAUUUCUUGACCUUUUUCUUCUGAAUAUUGCGUUUGCUGUUCAUGCUGCAGGUACAUUGACUUCCUUGAUAACCCUCACCAAAGAAUUUGUCGAUAAAUAUAUAGCAUUUAAAUACAUGUUUGUAAAUGUUAAAGAACUUCCGGUUAGAAUGGCGGGAAACUGGUGUCAGGCUUAGGGACAGAAUAUUCUUUGUUACCUAUCAUUCAGUCCUUAACACAAAAAUAUCUGAGAGAAAAAGCAUACGAGAUGUCGAAGAACAAAGGGACAAUGGAUAAAUUUUUGGCAUCAACAGCGAAAAUCUGGGCCGAGGAUAUUCGUCAGGAUCUCCCAACGCCCUUGAAGAAUAACAUGCCCAACUGACUAGAAAAGUGUAUCAGCUGAGUAGAAAAGUGUAUCAGCUGAGUAGGAAAGUGUACCAGCUGAGUAGGAAAGUGUAUCAGCUGAGUAGAAAAGUGUAUCAGCUGAGUAGGAAAGUGUAUCAGCUGACUAGAAAAGUGUAUCAGCUGAGUAAGAAAAACCCGUGAAGGUCAGGAUUAUUGAAGGUUGGCCUGGCGUAUAUUUAUAUCAGCUGAGUAGGAAAAACCCGUGAAGAUCAGGAUUAUUGAAGGUUGGCCUGGCGUAUAUUUAUAUCAGCUGAGUAGGAAAAACCCGUGAAGAUCAGGAUUAUUGAAGGUUGGCCUGGCGUAUAUUUAUAUCAGCUGAGUAGGAAAAACCCGUGAAGAUCAGGAUUAUUGAAGGUUGGCCUGGCGUAUAUUUAUAUCAGCUGAGUAGGAAAAACCCGUGAAGAUCAGGAUUAUUGAAGGUUGGCCUGGCGUAUAUUUAUAUCAGCUGAGUAGGAAAAACCCGUGAAGAUCAGGAUUAUUGAAGGUUGGCCUGGCGUAUAUUUAGAAGUACACGGCUGGUGGAAAUACUGUUCAUGAGGAGUAAGGGAUAUCGUACCGAUCGUUUCCGUGUAGGACAUGUAACGGACAUUUGUAUUAUUCCUAAAGAAGCAGAAUUGUAAUAAUAACCUUAGAAAUAGUUUAUGAUACAUGUAACGUGCAAUGUUCGCACAUAUACGUACACACCCACCCACACCCACCCACACAGAAGAGUAUGAGAACAGUUGAGAUUUUCUUGUCGAAAUUGUCCGCUGUCAGUCAUCAUUGUCAUCAGCGCAAACUUUUGAUAAUUUCAUCUUCUUCUCCAGAACCACUGAACUAAUAUAACUGUACAUGUCCAACAUCUUGGAAGAUGUAACUAAUCUGUAUAUUUAUAUGCUGAAAACUUGGUUGUACUGGGUAAGAUUAUUUUUUUAAUGUUAUGCACAAAUCCGUUUUGGAAAGGUGUACUAAGUUCAUGGUUUGAAUUUAUAAAAUGCAUCAAUUUCGCUCACCAUUCACCAGGGAAUGGACAGUGGGUCGCACUCUGAGACAGAUGUAGCUAUAUCUAUUGGGGACCCAGUGCAGUGCAUUAACUCGUGUAUAUUAUAAAAGGUGGCUUUAUCAGGUUGUAUGGUAUCGUAGUAACAAUGAUUUCUGUUGUUGUUUUUUUUAAAAAUCAAAUAAGCAAAUGUUAGAGUUUAGAGAUUCUCUGCCCAAUUUGAUAUUGUGAUACCUUGAAGCUUUUCUUUGGUAAUACAAACAGUAUCAGGAAACUAAACUUCCAAUAUGACUUUGUAGAAAUAAUAUUUGAGGUUCGAACUUGAUUAAAAAGGUUACUCAAGUCCAUGGCUGUUUCAGACCAUGAGGAGGAUGGUUGUUGGAUCUUACGUAAUGAUUGCGUCAUGCAUUUCUCGAGUUAACUAGUAAAUCAUAUUCAUUUGUGGUCAUGUUUUAUUAUCUAAAUUCGGUAUGAAAUCAUAUCAAAAUUAUUUUGAUCUACAUAUAUAUCAUUGCCAACCAUUAUUAUUAUUACGUAAUCAUUUAUAAUUACACAUAUUACGUUGAAAAUUAAAAACCUUUCCGUUCGUUCAUAAUUAAAGUCGCGCUGGUGGCGAAAAACCAGCAUAUAUUACAUGUACAACUUGUCAUUUAUAUUGCGUAUGUAGAUAUAUAAAUGGAGGGUAAAGGGGGUAUACAUUACAACGAAUCGAGGUCAUACUUGGUCGGACAGAAUCAAUUAUGAAUAAAUAAUCUAUAUCACUCCCAUUUAUCCAAAGUAUCAGAGAUAAGUACAGCACCCAACAUGCGGUGUUCCUUUACAAAUAUAAAAAGAAAAGUUUAUGUGAAUAUAUAUUUUCCUAUCAUUUUGUAAAAACGAACAUAUCUGUUUAUUUAGUGCUCAUAAUUUGAAAUCAGCUCUCAUUGUUUCAAGGUCUAACUUUUGAAUAUAGGAUUGUAUUGUUUGGGGAACGUUUUCUGGGACAUGAAAGGUGAAGAUAACGAACAGUGAUCAAUCUCAUAACUCCUAUAAGCAAUACAAAUAGAGAGUGGGGAAAACACGGAACCCUGGACACACCAGAGGUGGGAUCAGGUGCCUAGGAGGAGUAAGCAUCCCCUGUCGACCGGUCACACCUGCCGUGAGCCCUAUAUCCUGAUCAGGUAAACGGCGUUAUCCGUAGUCAAAAUCAGUGUUAUUUCAAAUAAAACGAGGAUGUGUGUGAAGGGGAAGACAACACCAAAGUCAUUUGCAUGCAAAUAUAUAUAUGAUUUUACGCGCAGUUCAUGAUGGAAUAGAGAAGUUCUCUUGGAUUGAUUCAAUGAUUUUAUAUUGUUUAACGUCCCACUCGAGAAUGUUUCACUCAUAUGGAGACGUCACCACUGCCGGCGAAGGGCUGCAAAAUAUAGGCCUAUACUUGACGCUUACGGUCAUUGAGCAGGGAGGGAUCUUUAUCGUUCCACACCUGCUGUGACAUGGGACCUCGGUUUUUGCGGUCCCAUCCGAAGGACCGCCCCAUUUAGUCGCCUCUUAAGACAAGCAAUACAAUUGUAAGUACUGCGGACCUAUUUUAACCCGGAUCCCUACGGGAUAGUUCCCUUGGAAUGUAUAGCACAAGAGUAACAUAAACGGUACAUAAUACGCCCAUGAGAAUGUUAUAUCUCAACUAAUUCGAUAUGCAAGAGCUUGUUCUGGGUAUAGUCAGUUUUUAAAUCGAGGUAAGCUACUAACAAACAAGUUGAUGGUACAGGGAUUUCAACAGUCUCGAUUGAAGUCAGCAUUUCGCAAAUUCUAUGGUCGUUAUUACGAUCUAGUUCGUCAAUACGACCUCGCAUUGGGUCAAAUGCUGUCUGACGUGUUUCAUA